CUUCAACGUUUCUGGUUGUUGAUGUUAGACAGUCGCACAAGGCGAAGCGGCUGCUUCUCGUGUUGAUUCGCCACCUCGUCAGCACUGCGCGCUGCUGGACAGCUCCCCGCUGCGGGAUACGUGCGCGCUUUCCUCUCGGACACCUUUGGCGCUGGUUCCAAGUAUUUUAAUGGAAAGAAAAUAUAUUUAUGUUCCAAGUAAAACUGGAAGUUUACAACUUCAGGAGGAAUCUACGGAUACCUCGUUUCAAGAUUUGUGGCAGGCAGCACAUCCUCGGUGGCAGAGAGCACAGCAUAAUUGUUAACGGCAACAGACGAGCCGUGUCUCCAUAGUCUUCACCUCCCCCAAACAUUUGGUCCAAAGGUUUGGUGUAAACCGCGAAGCUGCUGUCUGCGUGGACUGGUGCUGAAGCCUCCCGUCCGACUGCCAGGACCUCUGCCAAAUCCAGAGACAUGGCGACGAACGGCACCAAGACGGAUGCACAAGUGACAGAACUGAACGAAGUGGCAACUAAUGACAAACCCAAGUCAUUGGAUGUGAAAGAAGAAAAGAAGAAGGAUCUUCCCGAAAGAGAAACAUGGGGGGGGAGAUUUGAUUUCCUUCUGUCGUGUGUAGGUUAUGCAAUUGGACUAGGCAACGUAUGGAGAUUUCCAUAUCUCUGUGGAAAAAACGGUGGAGGAGCCUUCUUGAUUCCUUAUUUUUUGACCCUGAUAUUCGCUGGGAUCCCCUUGUUUCUGCUGGAAUGCUCCCUUGGCCAGUACACGUCUAUUGGCGGGCUUGGUGUGUGGAAACUGGCUCCCAUGUUCAAAGGUGUUGGCCUUGCAGCAGCUGUUCUGUCCUUCUGGCUUAACAUUUACUACAUUGUCAUAAUUUCCUGGGCUAUUUACUACCUGUACAAUUCGUUUACCACUGAUCUUCCAUGGAGUUCAUGUAACAAUCCAUGGAACACAGAAAAAUGUUACUCAAACUACAGCAUUGCAUAUAACACCAAUCUCACCAGUGCUGUACUGGAGUUCUGGGAGCGCAACAUGCAUCAGAUGACCGAUGGCUUGGAUAAACCAGGACAGAUACGGUGGCCAUUGGCUAUAACACUGGCAAUCGCUUGGGUGCUUGUGUACUUCUGUAUCUGGAAAGGGGUUAGCUGGACGGGAAAGGUGGUGUACUUCUCAGCCACAUACCCUUAUUUCAUGCUGUUCAUUCUGUUCAUCCGUGGAGUUACUCUGCCUGGAGCGAAAGAGGGAAUUCUCUUCUAUAUCACACCUGACUUUCAGAAACUCAAAGAGUCUGAGGUAUGGCUAGAUGCAGCCACCCAAAUAUUUUUCUCUUAUGGAUUGGGACUGGGGUCCUUGAUAGCUCUGGGCAGCUAUAACACGUUCAAUAACAAUGUUUACAGAGACUCCAUCAUUGUGUGCUGCAUCAACUCCUUCACCAGCAUGUUUGCUGGCUUUGUCAUCUUCUCUAUUGUUGGCUUCAUGGCGAACGUGACAAACAGGCCCAUUGCUGAUGUUGCAGCUUCAGGUCCCGGCUUGGCUUUCCUUGCGUACCCAGAGGCUGUGACCCAGCUACCCGUCUCUCCUCUCUGGGCCAUCCUGUUCUUCUCUAUGCUGCUGAUGCUGGGGAUUGACAGCCAGUUCUGCACAGUGGAGGGCUUCAUCACUGCUCUGGUGGAUGAGUUUCCUCAAGCUCUUAGAGGGAGACGAGAGCUCUUCAUCGCAGCUGUCUGUUUUGUCUCCUACCUCAUCGGCCUUUCUAACAUCACACAGGGUGGGAUCUACGUGUUCAAGCUGUUUGACUACUACUCUGCCAGUGGAAUGUGUCUGCUCUUCCUGGUCUUCUUCGAGUGCAUUUCCAUAUCCUGGUGCUAUGGUGUGAACAAGUUCUAUGACAACAUCCAGGAGAUGAUUGGCUACAAACCCUGUAUAUGGUUUAAGAUGUGCUGGGUCGUGUUCACCCCUCUCAUCGUCGGUGGGGUGUUCCUGUUCAGUGCCUUCCAAAUGGUCCCCCUCACCAUGGGCGACUACGUGUUUCCCGGCUGGGGCCAGGGAGUAGGCUGGCUCAUGGCUCUCUCCUCCAUGUUGCUCAUCCCGGGAUACAUGAUUUACAUGUUCAUUGGCCUCAAGGGCACCUACAAAGAGCGCCUGCGGAUAAUGCUACAGCCCCCAGCAGUGGUGCGACGUCCCCAGGAGAAUGGACCUGAGCAACAGGUGGAGACCAACGCAGUUAAUUUAGCUAGCCCUGCUAACCCAGCUGCUCCUGCCAUCCCAGUUGUUCCUGCCACCCCAGCCGCCCCAGCUGCCGCAGCCGCCCCAGCUGCCCCAGCCGCCCCAACUGCCCCAGCUGCCCCAGCUGCUGCAGCAAGCCCCACCAAUCCAACCAGCCCUGCUGCCCCAGCCAACCCAGCUCCUCCUGCCAACCCAGCCACUGCAGCCAGUCCUGUGAACCCAACCAGCCCAACAAACCCAACCCAGACCACAAGCCCAACCAACCCGAUAAGCCUCACCUAUCCGCCAAACCCAGUUAGCCCAACAGAGCCUAUCAUCCCCCUCAACCCUGUGAGCCCCCCUAACCUGACAAAUGCAGAGGCCAAUGUCUAGACGUGAAAGAAACCCUAACGUAGAGUGGAGACAAAGGACUUUCAAGUUUUUAAUUGAUUCACCUACCUCCAGGGGCAAUAUGUGAUCAAACCGGAUUUUAGAUUCAUGUUUAAUUUUUCUGCAUUUGUACAACCAACCUGGUAAUGUCUUAUUAUUGGUACUGUAUGCAUUACAAAUACAAAAAUCAAAGACUGAACUCCCGUAAAUCUGAGAAAAAAAGGUUAACAUAGUGUGUAAUACUGUGAGAAAAUACAAAUAUUGAAAAUAGAAUAGCAAUUUGUUAAAUAUAUUCAUGAACCAAGUAAAUGCAGUGUGAAUAUAGUAGAGAUGAAGUAGUCACCAUGGUCACCAUGGGAAAGAGGAGGGGACAGGGUCCAGUCAUUAUGUGGUUGUUUACCAAGCCUCACACUGUUGUCUCCUCUGUGAGGCUCCUUACAGGUCACCCUGAUGAUGAGGGAAACUUUGACGAAGCACAAUGCCAAUAUGAAGAUAAAGUCAAUGAGCCCUGGAGUAUUCCAGUAUCAGUUGCAAAAGAAUUUGUGUGAGAGAGACUGUUAUUUUAUCUUCCUUUUUGAGUAAAAAAAAAACUUUUAUGUGAUUGAUACAUUUUUAGAAUUAUUUUUAGGAUGUUUUCUACUAUACAUGUUGUGACCGAGGACCAAAAUCGUAGUCAGACAAAAGCAAAAACUAUCUAUGCCAUGUAGAGUUCAGUUUGCGAAGCACAGGGUACAAAAAUGUACCAAAAAAAUAUGAACACAUGGUUAGAAAAGUGAUUUACCAACGUUGACUAUCUCUUAAUGCUGACAGUCAAUCCUGUUUACGUUUUGCAUGCUUUCCUCAGGAACAUCAGUGAAAAUUUCCCAAAUUUCUCCUAACAAAAAUAAAAAACUAGAUCAGAGAAGGCCUUAAGCCAGUUAUCAAUCCAUUUCUAAGUCAUGGUCUGUUUACACGACUGGGCACAUUUCCAGAAUAACACAUUUUUACGCAAGCAAACAAUAUUGGACCAACUCUGUGUUUAAAGAAAGUUAUUCAUUUUACUUUAUGUGUAAUGAUCAAUUAUAUUUUGAUCAAUAUGUAUUUAGCAAUACAUAUGUAGACGUAUAGGUGCAGACCAGUAUGAUAGUGGUCUGCUUCUCUUUUCUUUACGUUGUCUUUGCUUUACUAGUGAAAAGCACAAAGCUUUAAUUUCAACAGACUUAUCCAUGACGUGUGAGGACAAUGCUAGUUUGCUUCUAUGGCAGCUACAGUGAAAGCAUCUGAUUGAUCGAAACAUGUUUACUUUGAAAAGCAAAACAACGGAGUGGAAAUGUGAAAUGGCUACAGUUCAUGUCCUGUGAAUUUUGUAUAAAGUUACUCUACCACAGUUUUCUCUGGAACUUUGUUGUAAAACUGUACUGUGUAAAACAUGUAACUGUGAAUGUCUGUAAUACAUUGGAAGUUAUUGUCUAAAUGUUGAAAAAAUUCUAAAGGAGUUGCUGUUUUCUGCAAUAAUAUUUUGAUCACAGAAACUAAAGCACAUAUCUUACAGAAGUAUACGAAAUGAUGAUGACAAUGAAGAUAUUGAUGAUUAUAUUAAAAAUAGAAACUAUGUCUAGUAAAAAUGAUAUUGUUUUGUAUAUUUUUAACUGUCUCACUGCCUAAUGUACAACAUAAUAUAUACAUGAUAUGUAUUUAAAUGGUGUCACAUGAUAAAGCACGAUUGUCAUGUUAUACAAAAAGAAAAAAUAUUGAAAAAAUAAAGAAUUAUAGAAAAUA